GCGCGCCGCAGUCCCCGCCGGUUCCGCGUGGGCGGCGGCGGCAUGGAGCGGGAUCCCGGCGCGGGGCCUGGAAAGCGGCCUCUGGGCCGCCUGCUGGAGGCGGUGCUGGCGAGCCGCGGCGAGGCCAACGCCGUGUUCGACAUCCUGGCGGCCCUGCAGUCUGAGGACCAGGAGGAGAUCCAGGAAGCAGUGCGCACAUGCAGCCGCCUUUUUGGGGCCUUGCUGGAGCGGGGAGACCUGUUUGUGGGCCGGCUGCCCUCUGAGGAGCUGAUCAUGGCAGGAUCCCAGGGAGCCACGCGCACGUACAAGGUGUGGAUGAGGCACCGCUAUCACAGCUGCUGCAACCGUCUGGGGGAACUCCUGGCCCACCCCUCUUUUCAGGUCAAGGAGCUCGCCUUGAGUACGCUCAUGAAAUUUGUGCAGCUGGAAGGAAAGCACCCCUUGGAGAAAUCCAAGUGGGAGGGCCAGUACCUCUUCCCCCGGGAGCUCUUCAAGCUGGUGGUGGGAGGCCUGCUCUCUCCCGGGGAGGACACCGCCCUGCUGCUCUCCCAGUUCCGGGGGUUCCUGGAGUACGAUGACAUACGCUACCACACCAUGCAGGCCGCUGUGGACGCCCUGGCCAGGGUCCCUGACGGGCAUCCCGAGGCGCCCCUCCCCUUCUGGAACAACGCCUUCGCGCUGCUGUCUGCUGUGAGCCUGCCUCGCCAGGAGAGCGGCACCUGCAGCUUGUACGUGCAGCACGCAGAGCCCUCGGACAAGUGGAAGGUGACCCACCUGAAGGAGCACAGGAAGGCCUUCCAGCUCAUGUGGCUCAGCUUCCUCAAGCGCCAGCUGCCCCUCAGCCUCUACAAGAAGGUGCUGGUCAUCAUGCAUGACGCCAUCCUGCCGCACCUGGCACAGCCCGCCCUCAUGAUCGACUUCCUCACCAGUUCCUAUGACGUGGGGGGUGCCAUCAGCCUCCUGGCCUUGAACGGGCUUUUCAUCCUGAUCCAUCAGCACAACCUGGAGUACCCCGACUUUUACCGGAAGCUCUACAGCCUCCUGGACCCCUCCAUCUUCCAUGUCAAGUACCGCGCCCGUUUCUUUCACUUGGCCGACCUGUUCCUGUCCUCCUCCCAUCUCCCCGCCUACCUGGUGGCUGCCUUCGCCAAGCGCCUGUCCCACCUCGCCCUGACGGCGCCCCCCGAGGCCCUGCUCCUGGUCCUGCCCUUCAUCUGCAACCUGCUGCGCCAGCACCCGGCCUGCCGCAUCCUGGUACACCGUCCCCACGGCCCCGAGCUGGACGCUGACCCCUACGACCCUGAAGAGGAGGACCCGGCCCGGAGCCGAGCCCUGGAGAGCUCCUUGUGGGAGCUGCAGGCCCUCCAGCGGCACUACCACCCCGACGUGUCCAAGGCCGCCAGCGCCAUCAACCAGGAGCUGUCGGCCCCGGAGGUCAGCAUCGCGCCACUUCUGGAGCUCACGUCCUACGAGGUCUUCGAGAAGGAUCUGAAGAAGGGGCCUGAGGCCAUGCCCCUGGAGUUCACCCCGGCCCGGGGCCUGCUGGGGCGGCAGGAGGAUCUCUGUGCUCAGUUCUUCACGCUCAGCUGACCCUGCCCCCUCCCCCCAACUCGCCUCGGGGGACAGUGCCUGCGGGGUACCACCCCCACCCCACCCAGCUCUGCCGGGGCAGGACCCCAGCUCCCCCGCCCUUGAUCACGGCUCUCCAGCAACACUGAGAGGCACCCCCAAAAGGCCACCCCGCGCGGCCCACCCAACCUCCGUGGAAAGCGCAGCCAGGUGGGGGGGGCUGGGGCAUCCCCACUGGGCUGAGCGCCCUAAGUGGGGGGGGGCUGCAUCCUCACCAGCCUUGGGCCUGGACCCCUGGGAGAAACACUUAGGGGGCUGCUAAGCACAUGGGGCACAUUUCCAUAAAUGUACUGGAACCUGAA